AUGAAUCGAUGGGAGAAAUAUGUGAAUAAUUUUGUAUUGGAUAUUGAAUUAGCAAAAAAACGCAAAACAGCAGCAGCAAAUGUGAUUAAAUAUGCCUUUAAAGUUUGGGGCAUGAAAAAGCGAAAUAUACCUAAAUCAUCUAUUCGAUAUUUUCAAGCUCAACGACGACUAUUUCAGUCAAUACAUUCACUUCAUCAAGUUAAACAACAACAAGGACAACUAGUCGACAAUUGUGUUGAUCAAAUCGAUAUAAUCGCUUUACAACGUCAAACAGGAACUCAAACAUCUGAAAUUACAGAAGAAUUAAAGAUGAUGAAGCUUAACAUACUUAGAAUGGAAAAAAGACUUGUUACGAUGAACAUAAAUAUAAACAAUACAAUAAACGAUAUGCAAAACACAUUGAAUGUGUUGUUGGAAAAACGUUCAAAAUAA